CAUCUCUCACUAGAAAAGUAGGAGCGUGCCCCAUUAGAGAGGAGAUUAUAAGUAUUAUCAUGGGAAUGAAAGGUCUGAAAGCACCAGGGAAAGACGGGUACCAUGCAGUCUUCUUUCAGAAGUGUCGGGAUGUCAUUGGAGCUGAGUUUGCACAGUUUAUGGAGUCUUGUUUAUGUCAUAUUGUCAUCCCAACGGGAUCAUAUCACUGAAUCAAACUAUUAUAGCUCUCAUCCCAAAAGUUGAUGCCCCUGCCUCCGUGAUCCAGUUCAGACCGAUUGCCUUGUGUAACGUUGGUUACAAAGUGAUUGCUAAAACAACUGAUAACAAGAUCAAAUCUCUUAUGCCUCAUCUUGUUCAUAAGAACCAGACCAGUUUUACACCCAAUAGACACAUCACUAAUAAUAUUCUCAUUUUGCAGGAAAGCGUUCACUCGAUGUCAAAGAAGGGUGGAAAGAAAGGAACCAUGCUUCUGAAGAUGGACCUGGCUAAAGCCUAUGAUAGAAUUGACUAGACCUUUCUACAAGAGACUCUGGUGCAAGUUGGUAUCCCUGACAAGAGUAUUUUUACCAUUAUGCAAUAUUUUACUUUUGUCAUGAUUCAGAUCUUAUGGAACAGAGGAGAGAUAGAGGCCUACACUCCGACAAGAGGAUUACGACAAGGAUGUCCCUUAUCCCCUUACUUGUUUACGCUUUGUGUUGAAUGUCUUAGCCAUUCGAUAAGUAGGAGAGCUAGGAAUAAGGUUUGGAAGCUUGUUUCUCUUUCAGUAGGAGGACCUCCCCUUUCACACCUCUUCUUUGUCGAUGACCUACUGCUUUUUGUGGAGGUCAAUGUCGAGCAGGCAAGGGGUAUCCUUGAGUGCCUGAAUGAGUUUUGUUAAGCCUCUGCAGAGCUCAUAAGCAAAGACAAAUCUAGGAUGCUCUUUUCUAAGAACACUAAGAGGCCAACUAGGAGGAACAUUUGUGCUUGUCUUGGAAUUCAACAUAUUGAUAACUUAGCGAGGUAUCUGGGAGUCCCUGUUAUUCAUGGUAGAUUGGAUAAAUCGACCUAUAGAUACAUUAUUGACAAAAAUCGACCAGAAGUUAACUGCAUGGAAGUCUAAAACCUUAUCUUUGGCGGGUCGAGUGAGUUUAGCUAAGGCUGUCCUUGAGUCUAUAACUUUGUAUGCUAUGUAAACCACUAUGCUCCCUGCUUCGAUUUGUGAUAAAGUUGGUAGGAAUAUUAGUUGGUUUGUUUGGUGCUCACAAUAGGGGAAAAGGAAGGUCCACUUAGUGAAAUGGACACCAUUUGUAAGCCAAAAAAUCAGGGAGGAAUAGGUUUAAGAUCGGCUCACAGUCUUAACAUGGCUUAUAUGGUGAACUUGCUUGGCAUAUUCUUCACAAUGAGGAUGACUUGUGGGUGCAGGUAUUACAAGGAAAGUAGUACUUUAAUCACUGGAAUGGCAAUAUCACUACAAUGAAAACGAGUAAUAAUUUGAGUCUAUGGAGAGCUAUCCUAAAAGCUAUGCCUUUCAUGCGCAAAGGCCUGGUCUGGAGCUUGAGGGACGGUCUGCUACUGGGUUUUGGACCCACCCCUGGUUGGAUAAUAACACCAUUCUGGAAGAAUUUGCCUUGUGUGACCUAUCGGAUGAGAAAAAAAUGGAGAGCGUGGUAGAUUGAUUGGACGUCAAUGGUGAGUGGGACUGGGAACGACUUAAAGCUUUUAUUCCUAACGAAAUUAUAGUUCGCAUUACAAGCAUGAAAACUCCUAAAAUAGGGUUGGGGGAACACAAAACAAUUUGUGGUGCCGAGAAGGAUGGGAGAUUCAGACUCCGUUUAGCAUAUAAUAUAGUAGUGAACAAGAAGGAAGAAGAUCUGUCGGAUAUGUGUAAGGACCUAUGGAGAUGGCAAUGCCCUAAUAGGGUUAAAUUCUUUCUCUGGAUCGUGUCACAUGAUCGCCUUCUCACCAAUGUGGAGAGAAAGAAAAGACAAGUCACUACCAAUGACAAAUGCAAUUUCUGCGAGUACGAAAUGGAGACGACAGAACACAUCCUUCGCAUCUUCAAAAAGACGAAAGGAAUUUGGAAUCAUUUCCAGUCCAAAAUUACAGAGAAGAACAAUAACAUCAAUUUCUAGUCUUGGAUUAAUAGGAAUCUCAAAGCCGAUGACGUUGGAGUCGAGUUUGGUAUUGUUUGUUGAAUACUUUGGAAGAACAGGAAUGAUGAAGUUAUGAAAGUUAAGAAGCUUUCGGUAUAAAGUACGAUUUGUAGAAUACAAGCGUGGUUCAGCAUCCACUACAAAGGCACUUAGAGCAAAUGAGCUAUGUUUUGGACUUUCUAUCAAUCCAUGCACAUAACAAGAUAUUAAAUGGAAACCUCCGGUGGAAAGAUGGGUCCAAUUACAAAAUGAUGGCUCUGUCAUUAGCAGUUCAAAAUCAGUCACUGUUGGAGGUCUCAUUAGAUAUAGUCUAGGGAACUGUUUGGAUGUUGAUAAAACCUAAAUCGGUGC